UGUCAUUAAGCAUUAGAACUCGAACGAACGAUCGUGCCGAAGAACGUGGCUGAAUCUGAAUAAACUCAGUCCUUAAUUGUAAUUUAUUAUCUUGAUUGUUGGGUUAGUAAGAAUAAUAUCAUAAAAUAAUAAUUUAUAGUGCCUUAUACAUAUAUUUGGAAAAUGAUGUAUCACAUGAAGAAAAUAAUCGAUCACGAUAAAGAAAUCUUUUUGCCGAACUGCAUGUAUUCCGUAAAAUAUCGCACAGACCUUUUCCAAGAAGAUUAUAGCGAUAGCGACAUCGGUAUCAGUGCCCAGGUUAUCAAGUUUCUUAAGGGAUCAAAUAAAAUGACAGAGUUGGAACAACGCCAGGAACAAUUAUUAAAAAAAUUGGAUACUCUUUAUGAUAGAAUUAAAACAAUUAGUACCUACUGUAAAGUGGACAAUAUUCAAGAAACUAAAACCAGUAAACCAGAUAAAUGUCUACCUGCACCAGAAGAGGUUGUGUUGGUCCUCAGCCCAGACAAUUGGCCCUGGUAUCUCAAUCUUAUUUUAAAAAAACCUAUAGAUCUGAACAUUUCAUGGCACAUUCACUCUUCUGUACCAAAUGACAAAGUGGCUAAAAUUAAAAACUAUGUUAAAAAUUUACGAGAAACUAAGAGUAAUUCAACAAUCAAUUUAAGGCUGAUAUUUAAAUGUGUUUCGGCUGACACUGAGUUGAAGAUCUCUACCCUGGAUGUUCCUAUUGUUGGCAAUGUGAACAUAUUACGCUAUCUUUCUUAUGUUUAUCCAAGUGUAAUACCUUACAAUACUAAUGAUCAUCAAGUAGAAGCAUUGCUUGACAUCUGCCAUUUACUGGAGAGAGCAUCAGAUAAGAACAAAGAAGCACUUGUCAAGAAAUUAUUUGCAAAUGAAAAGAACUGGAUAAAUGGCAGUGAAUUUUCUAUUGUAGAUGUAGCCGCUUACAAUGUCAUAAAGCAAUGGAAGAAUGUACCUAAUUAUAUUUCAAAAACGUGGUUUGAAAAGACCAACAAGUUAUUUUUGUAAUUUUUAAUGUCAUGCAUGUACUUAUAUUAUUAACCGAUUAAAUAGCAUUUGACUCUUA